GCACAUUUGGAGGUUAUCUUUGUUUGUGCCAGUUUAGUUCUGUUGGUUAACAACCAUAAUAUUAAAUAAUUUUAUACUCACUUCGGUCAAUAAUAAGUGUUUAUAUUUAACUUCGUUUUCCACGCUUGUUUCCCGCCAUUUGUUGUUCUUCAAUUUCUUAAUGAAAAUAUCACUGUUUUUAUGGAUAUAAUAUAUUUUCUAGUGGAUGAUGUCUGAGGCUUUCACAAGCAAACGUGGUUCAAGUCAAUCAUCAAACAAUAAGGAACUGCCAGAGAGUGUCGCUAAAAAGCUGGAAUUUUUGAGGACACAUAAAGAAGACCUACAUAAAAACGCCCUGAAUGACUUUAUCAACAAAAAAUGUAAUAGUUUCAGUGAUAAUAAGAGGACUAGUAAUGGAAAUGAAAGUGAAUUAACCAAGGUUGUGUCGAGCAGAACUGCAAGUUUAGUUAAUAAUACUUCAAAGCUCAAUUCAUCUUUAUCAUUAUCCACUAGAUUGAGUAACUUAUCAAGAAAAAACUCGGAGAAACCUUCAUUUUUUAAUUCAACAAAACCAUCUGUGACACCAAGAAUUAAUGGGAUGGAUGACCUGGACUUUGAUGUUGUUUUUGGUGAUGAUGAUUGCAUUGCAUUAUCCCAAACCCCAAAAACAACUUGUGUAACAGAAAAAGUUACAGAGAAGAAACAACCAUCACCAGCUAGUAAAACUUUAAGCAGUCAUGUUAAUACUGCUUCAAGUAGUACUGCUGAUACUGGACCACGAAAAAUAUUCCAGUUUGGACGGGUAAAAGUACCAAACAUAAUUUCAAAUCCUUUCACUGGUUACUGUACUGCCUCAAGCACUCAACUUACGUCAUCAAAAGGCUUUAAAACACAAACGCCAACAAAACUAGCAAGAAGCGGAAAUGUUUCUGAAACAAAUGAAUCUCAUUCAAUAAAUUUAGCACCUAAACCUUUAGAGGUACCAGCGCUACCAGAGUUUAAAACUCAAAUAUUACCGAAAAGAUUGUCGAUGCCACGGACGCAAGAAGUAAUCGAAACGGAUACUGCAAAUAAAAAAGAUGAAAGUUUGAAAUCAACAGACGAAUACAAUGAAUUUCUUUUGUCAAACAUUGACUGGGAUGAGGUGGAAGACUGGAAUAAAGACAAGAAUAUAGAUCCAGAUAAAACGAUAGUAAGCAACUCACAGAAACAAGCAGAAUUUGUGCUAACAGACGCAGAUUAUGUCGAUGAUGAUUUUGAUUUUUCACAAUUGGGUGUGGAUGAAUUUCAUCCACAAACUAACAAUACAAAUUCAAGAAAUGUUGCUUCUACUUCAAAAAAUGUUAUUGAUGUAGAUGACUCUAUCAAUGCAGAGUUUGAGGAUGACUUUGAUGAUGGGCCAUCAUCUUCAAUGAAUUUUAACUCUUCUAUUAAUAUAAUGAAUAAUAUGCCCAGUAGUUCGAAUAUUGUGAAGGAAGCUGGCUUUGUACCGAUCGAUCAAGAUUCUAAAACAAGAAAGGAUGAUACUGCUGCAUUUCAAAGAGAAUAUCCGCAUUCUUUGGUGCUACGUGAGAUUCUGCACGAGAAAUUCGGUUUGAAACAAUUUCGACCGAAUCAACAGGAAAUUAUCAACGCUACUUUGGAGCAGCACGAUUGUUUUGUGUUGAUGCCGACGGGCGGUGGUAAAAGUUUAUGUUAUCAGCUACCAGCCAUUCUUACUCCAGGCGUUACAGUUGUAAUCUCGCCGCUGAGGGCGCUGAUUACCGAUCAAGUAAAUAAACUCACCUCAUUGGAUAUACCGGCCGCCCAUAUGUGUUCAGAUAUAUCAAAAGAUGUCCAUAACAAUGUAGUCCGCGCGCUGACUCAACUAGAACCAUCGAUAAAGUUGCUCUACUUGACACCGGAGAAAAUUAUCGGCUCUCGCGCAACUUUCGAUUUGCUCCUAGGAUUAUACUCGCGUGGAAAACUAGCGCGUAUUGUUUUAGACGAAGCGCAUUGUCUCUCACAAUGGGGGCACGAUUUUCGACCAGAUUAUAAACAACUAACGACGUUGAAAGCCAACUUCCCCAAAACACCGAUUAUGUGCCUGACUGCAACGGCCACUAAUGUAGUCCAACAGGACGUAAUUAAUAUCUUAAAAUUGAAAUCUGUUAAAACAUUUAUCAGGAGUUUCAAUAGGUCGAAUAUUAAAUAUGUAGUGCUCGAAAAAACUAAAGCAAUGGCCACUCAAGAAAUUAUUAAUUUGAUUGCGCAAAAUUUUAAGAGAAUGUCUGGCAUUGUUUAUUGUUUAGUGCGGAAAGACUGUGAUACUUUAGCAAUGGAUUUGAGAAAACACGGGAUAAAAGCUAAAAGUUAUCAUGCAGGUUUGACUGAUAAAGUGCGAGAACAAGUACAAGCACAAUGGAUGAACAAUGAGUAUAAUGUGAUUUGCGCCACUAUUGCGUUUGGAAUGGGCAUUGAUAAACCGGAUGUGCGUUUUGUGAUACACAAUUCCAUGCCUAAAUCGCUCGAAGCAUUUUAUCAAGAAUCCGGGCGAGGCGGGCGAGAUGGCGAAACUGCUUAUUCCUAUCUAUUUUAUGCCUUUGGCGAUGUUGUCAGGUUACAAAAAAUUAUCAGAAUGGAUAAAUCAAUAACAAAGAAAAACCUUGAAGGCCACUUUGAUCAGGUGGCCCAAAUGGCACAAUACUGCGAAAAUCGUAUAGAUUGCCGACGAUACCUCCAACUUCUCCACUUGGGUGAAAAAUUUAAUCGACAAUUAUGCAUGAGAGACAAGAAGACCAUCUGCGACAACUGCGUGAACUUUGGCACGAUUAAAGUGCAGAAUGUUGCGAAAGAAUCCCGUGAAUUAGCGACACUUGUGCGCGACAUUGGUAGUCGUCGGAAUUUUACGAUGCUGCAUUAUGUUGACGUGUAUCGAGGCGCAAAGGUCAAGAAAAUCAUUGAUUUCCAACACAACAAGCACAAAUUGUAUGGCGCCGGUGCGCAUCUCAACAAAAACGAUGUACAUCGCAUUAUGAAGGAAUUGUCAUUCAAAAAAGUUCUGAAAGACGUGUGUGAAUAUAGCGGAGAGUUUCCAGUGAUCUAUGUUCAGCCGGGUCCCAAUUAUGAUCAUUUAUUUAAGUCUGAUAUUGUUCUCACCAUUCCGAUUACUGGCAAAGGUAAGAAGGUGGCAGAUGUGCCUGUGGUAGAUGAAGUACCUGAUUUCAUCGAGACACCACCAAGUCCGGAACCCGAACCGCAACUAGAGAUAGAACCAUCCACCUCGAAACGAGUUGCGAAUAAAACAGUGUCGAAGUCGCCUUCUAAAUCACCAGAAAAACGCAUUUGGGCGUUGAAAGUUAGGUGUCACGAGGAACUGCUGGAGAAGUUGGCGGAAUUUGCUGCUCAACAACAAUCAAACUUGUCUUCAAUUAUGAACUUAUCGGCGAUCAAAGUCAUGUCAGAGGAGAUGCCGGGUACAGCUGCUGAUUUUAUGAAAAUUCAGUAUGUGACAAAGGCAAACUUUGAAAAGUACGGAAAAGACUUCUUAGUAAUAACACAAAAGUACAGGCGUGAAGUGGAUGCAAUCGAAGCGGAGACUGCAAUGAAUGAUUUAAACGCGGAUCUAUGGGCUGAUGACUGGGAUGAUUCGCCAAACACGAGUCGUUCAAGCAUUAAUAGUUAUCGGCCCACUAGGGGCAUUAAACGGAAGUUUUCCAGGUCAAGAGGCAAUUGGAAAAGGAGAAGGAAAUGAGAAAAUAAUAAAAUAAAUGACUGCAAAAUAAAAAUAAUGUAAGUAGGUAUUGCCCAGUUAAAUGUUUUCUAUAGCGAUUAUAUUUUGUCAAAAAUGUUUAUAAAUUCAAACAACUUAAA